GCUUGACGCAGCCGCCAUAUAAAGCGCAGCGUGUCUCCUGCUCUCUCUCAGUCACGCACACAGGAGUUAUCCACGCCGACCCUCUGACCCACAGCAGCCAUGAUCGACGACGUGAAGACGCUGGCUGAAUUCAAGAAAAUCCUGGCUGAUGCUGGAGACAAGCUGGUCGUGGUGGACUUCACAGCCACCUGGUGUGGCCCCUGUAAAAUGAUAAGCCCAGUGUUUCAGCAAGAAGAUGGAAAGCCUGAGAACAAGAACGUGAUUUUCGUGAAGGUGGACGUUGAUGAAGCUGAUGAGGUCAGUAAAGACUGCGGGAUCAGCUGCAUGCCCACGUUCCAUUUUUACAAGAAUGGAAUAAAGGUGGACGAGUUCUCUGGUGCUAACAAAGACACGCUGCUUGAAAAACUGGUAGCUUUAAGGACAUAAAAUCCACACCGACCAAUCCGCCCCCCCUCGUUGUAUUAAAACCACACUAGCAGUCUGUACAUGCCUAAGAAAUUUCCCGUGAAAAGUUGUGUAACUAUGACGCCUUGUAACUACUAUUCCACACAGGCAACACUAAUUUAUUCCACUCGUAUUGGUGACAUACUCUCGUCGUGGUCGGCGUACGUCUUGACUGGCUGAAAUUGGAUUAAAACCUGAUGACCACUUUUAACUCUGUUUUUUUUUAUAUGAGACAUUGGCUCUGCUCCAACUCACUCCUGAACUUUCUUUUGUACCUUGUGUUUAACAAGGUGGAUUUAAUAAAUGAAGAUUGGUUACAGGAA